AUGGAGAAAGCAGAAGGAGGAAAUGGAACGUUCUUCAAGGAACUGAUCCUUCUUGGGUUUGGGAACGGCCCUGUACUGCAGCCCCUCCUCUUCCUGCUGUUUCUAGUCAUCUACCUUGUGGCUGUGGCUGGGAACCUCCUCAUCAUUGUGCUGGUGGUGGCUGAUCGGCAACUUCAAACCCCCAUGUACUACUUUGUGGACAACUUGUCCGCUGUGGAGAUCUGCUCCGUCAGCACCACCCUGCCCAGACUGAUUUGCAGUCUGGUGACUGGGGACAGAACCAUUUCUCUUCUGAACUGCAUUGUGCAAUUUCACUUCUAUAUUAUCCUGUCCAAUGCAGAAGGUCUGCUGCUAACGGCCAUGUGUAUUGAUCGGUAUUUAGCGAUCUGCCACCUGCUCUGUUACCCUGCUCUGAUGAGUGGCAGGGUGUGUGGCCACAUGGUGGCAGGGUGCUGGAUAUUCGGCAUUUCCUGCAGCAUCUUGAUACAAAUUUUGAUGAUGCAAUUAACAUACUGUGGUUCUGAAGUAUUUGACCAUUUCUUUUGUGAUUUUGGAUCCGAUGGUCGGUUCUGUGGUGAGUCACAGACUCUGAAAUUGCUAUUGUUUUUCCUGUCUGUCAUAUUGACUGUUGGGGUCUUUCUGAUUACCCUAGUAACCUACAUUUGUAUCAUCGCCACCAUCCUGAGAAUCCCUUCCAGCACCGGGAGGCAAAAGACCUUUUCCACCUGCUCCUCCCACCUCAUUCUGGUUGCAGCUUACUAUGUGAGUGUAAUGACAGUCUAUGUAAUUCCAGUGUUUGACCCUCCCGCAAUCCUGUACAAAAUAUGGUCUGUCUUGAUCACAGUCCUGAUACCUUUGAUCAACCCUAUCAUCUACUGCCUGAGAAACAAGGAGGUCCAUCAGUCCCUGAGAAAAGCUGGUAUGAAACUGGUUGAUUUCAGACACAGGCAUGGAGUAUGA